AUGUUUGCUGAAAACUGGGAUGGGAAGGUUUUGAGAGGAAGAACUAUCCCAAACGAACCUUUGCCAAUUUCAAUUUAUGAAAAGAAUGUGGAUCUAUUGAAGGAAGCAUUUCUUAAAGGAGAUGCUGCUCAGGGAAAGAAAAAAACUGAUUGUGCUGUGACUGAUCCUUUCCAGUUCCCAUUUGAGUAUAAUCAGAAAGGUGACCAAAUCAUCGGAGAGAUAACGUCUCAGCUUGGCUUUGUAUUUGAUGAGUUGUCUUUCAGUGAGCAUCCUAAAACCAAGUUGGUUUAUGAACUUCUGACUCUCCCGAAGAAAUAUCAGCAUAUACUGUCCUUGGUAUUUGCUGUGAAGGAGAUCAAUGAGAAUGCAAAGAUCCUCCCAAAUGUCACCCUGGGCUUUCAAAUCUAUGACAGCUAUAUAAAUGCAAGGAUGACUCACCAGAACACCUUGAAGCUUCUGUCCACCACAGAAAGGAUUUUCCCCAACUUCAAAUGCGACAAGAGGAAGAAUCUGAUGGCUAUUAUUGGAGGACUUGACUUUGACAUUUCCCUUUACAUGGCUAUUCUCUUAGGCAUCUACAAGAUCCCACAGAUUGCCAGUUGUGUAUUAGCUCCAGUGAUGAGACUUGGACCCCAGUUUCCUUCUUUCUAUCGGAUGGUCCCCAAUGAAGCAUAUCAAUAUAAAGGGAUUGUCUACCUACUUCUGCAUUUCCACUGGAUCUGGGUAGGGAUUGUUGCAUCAGGUGAUGACAAUGGGGAAAAUUUUGUGCAAACUUUGAUGCCAAUGCUUUCACAACAUGGUAUCUGUACAGCCUUCAUUGAAAAAACACCCUCCAUAUCUCAAACCACAGAGAACUUGGGUUCAUUAGGACUAUUCCGGGCCAAGUCAUUUUCUAUGACCAUCUCAAAUAUCAAAGUAUUGGUUGUAUGUGCAGAACCACAGACCACGACGGCUUUAAUAUGGAUGAUAUAUUUCUUUUCAUUAUUAGAAGGUGCCACUGAAACAUCUAUGGGUAAAGUGUGGAUUAUGACUGCCCACUGGGAUUUCUCAUUAGAAACUAUGCACAGGGCUUCCGAUAUCCAAGUCUUUGAUGGUGCCUUGUCUUUUGUAAUAUACUCCAAGGAAGUUCUGGGGUUUACACAAUUUCUGCAGAACCUACAUCCUGAUUCCGACAAAGGAGAUGGUUUUAUCAGAAUCUUCUGGCAACAGGCAUUCAACUGCUUACUACCUGAUUCUAAUGAGCACAGGGAAGAGGCUGUUUCUUGUACUGGACAAGAGAGUCUCAAGAGCCUCCCUGGAACUUUGUUUGAAAUGAGCAUGACAGGCCAAAGUUACAGCAUCUAUAAUGCAGCCCAGGCCAUAGCAUAUACCUUACACAGGUUAAAUCUAUUCAGGAUAAAACAUGGAGCAAUGGUCAAUGGAAGACUAGAUCCUCAAAAUUUGCAACCUUGGCAGCUUAACCUUUUCCUGAAAAGCAUCUCGUUUAACAACAGUGUGGGUGAUACCGUUUCUUUUGAUGAGAAUGGUGAAUUAGCAUCUGGAUACGAUAUUGUAAAUUGGAUGAUUUCCCCAAAUCACUCCUUUUUCAAGGUGAAAGUAGGAAUGAUGGACCCAUGGGCAUCACCAGGCCAAGAAUUUAGAGUGAACGAGAAGGCCAUCACAUGGCACAGUGCAUUUAAUCAGGCGCUGCCCCUUGCCAGGUGUAAUGACCACUGCUAUCCUGGCUACAGCAGAAAAAAGAAAGAGGGAAAGCCAUUUUGUUGCUAUGAUUGUGCUCCAUGUCCAGAAGGGAUGAUUUCAGACAAAAAUGACAUGAUUACUUGCUUCAAGUGCCCAGAAGAUCGCUUUCCAAACAAGGAACAAGAUCAAUGCAUCCCUAGGCUCCUGAAUUUCCUCUCUUUUUCAGAGCCUUUCGGUAUCACUUUAUCUCUCUUGGCUCUGUCUUUUUCUUUGAUCACUGCUUUUGUGCUCAGAGUCUUCACUAAGUAUCAAGACACUCCCAUUGUCAAGGCCAACAAUCGGGACCUCACCUAUGCUCUGCUCAUCUGCCUAUUGUUCUGCUUCCUCUGCUGCUUCCUAUUCCUUGGCUGGCCUCACACAGUGACCUGCUAUUUAAGACAAACAGUUUUUGGAGUCAUCUUCACCGUGGCUCUUUCAAGCAUAUUGGCAAAAACUAUCACUGUGGUUUUAGCAUUUGCAGUCACCAAACCAGGAACCAAGAUGUUGAAAUGGGUUGGGAAACAAAUUUCCCACUUCAUUCUCUUUGGUUGCUCCUUUGUUCAAGUCUGUAUUUGUACUGUAUGGCUAAGUACUGCUCCUCCCUUCCCAAAUUUUGAUAUGCACUGCCUGGCAGAAGAAAUAAUAGCAGAAUGCAAUGAAGGUUCAGUUUUUAUGUUCUACUGUGUUUUGGGGUACUUGGGAUUUCUGGCCAUGGUCAGCUUCACUGUGGCAUUUCUGGCCAGGAAGUUGCCAGACAGCUUCAAUGAGGCCAAGUUCAUCACUUUCAGCAUGUUGGUGUUUUGUAGCGUUUGGUUGUCCUUUGUGCCCUCUUACCUGAGCACAAAGGGGAAAUACAUGGUGGCUGUGGAGAUCUUCUGUAUCUUGGCCUCCAGUGCUGGGUUGCUGGGUUGCAUAUUUGCCCCUAAAUGCUACAUAAUUAUUCUGAGGCCUAAUCUGAACACAAAGGACCAGUUAACUUGGAGAAAAUAUUAA